AUGGCAGUGUUUACUGUCUUCUUUGUCGUCCUGGCUAUCCACUUCGGCCAUUGGGGCCUUCUGUUUUGUUAUUUUGUUAUCGGGGUUGUGCCGGCAGUUGCGUUUUGCUUUUAUGUCAUCGGUAGCCAACAGCUAUGGGACGUGAACUACAUUGCUGACAUUCUGUUUCUGUCGAAAUCCAGUAUGGUGACAAAGUUACAGGCUCUUGGACCCCUCAUCUCUAGUGUCCAUAAGGGACAUGCCGAUGAAACCGAUGGAGAAAUCGAUCAUGGGACACAACACACCGAGGAGACUACGAAAUCUCUUUUAAACAUCAUUAAUAGUAAAAGUAGUAGUAGUAGUAGUAAUAAUAAUGCACUGACAACAACAAAAAUUACUUCUACUGUUGAUACUACCGAAAAACCGACUUCUUUUAAUUCGUUUCCUGUUGUUGACAAUGUUCCAACAUUGUUUCCUCAGUGCUUCCCUCUUUCCUCUUCCCAGGGGUUGACGCCGGACACGCCCGUGUCCUGCAGUCGCGAGAUCGAAUGCGAGAUUGAGAAGUACGUAAAUCUUAUUACUAGAGAUUUCGUGCAGUCAUGGUACAAGAUGGUUUGUGCAGAACCGGAUAUCGUAGAAGAAAUCCAUGACAAAAUCCAUGCUAUCAUGACAGAUCUAUACCGACGCGUGCGUAACAUCAACAGACGCUCUGUAUUCGUGGAAACCAUUAUAAUGUACCGUGAACAGCUGACCAAGUUUCAAACGGCCCUGGCUACGUUCAAGAUCCAAAUGACAUACGGAAUGAAUAAAACCAACCAGAAGCAGAACUUGCCUUCCUCACUCGAGGAUGCCUUCAAUUUAAAGUAUACGCAACACCCGGCCGCAAAAGAUCGCGAGGGCUCGAUUGAGCAUAUCAAAGCUCUAUUUGAGAUCAUGAUCAACUGCAUGGACGUUUUCCCAACUGAAUUUAAAGAUAUAACAUCCAUGAAGGAAAUGUUGAUUGAAAUCCUUACCAUGCAGGUGGCUAUCCCGCUCUUAGAUAUGCUUGAGGAUCCUAUUUUUUUACAUGAAAGUAUCAUUCUCCUGCUCUCAGAUACGCCUGUGGAUUUUACAAACUUGAUUCCGAGUGCCGACAACCAGCCACCACACCCAUUACCUCCAGAGACUAUACCUGUGUCUACAGACACUAUUAAAGAUAUUUGUGUUGUGGAAACUGAGACAAGAAAAGAAAGUCGCAGUAACGGAGUUUACACACUAUACCAAAUCCAGUAUGAUGCCUUAUAUGUUACUGAAUCUGGCGAAUUAGCCCUGAAGUCUGGAGAAGUGAAACGCAGGUUUCGGGAGUUUCUUAACCUACAGCUUCGACUGGAAGAGAAGCGAGCUUACAAGAAAAUCUUGAAAGGCAUCAAAGGUCCCAAAAGAUGGUUGUGCAUUCCUUUUGGUAAUAUGGACCAAGAAAAUGUUGCUCAGCGGAAAAAAUUCCUUGAUAAUUAUUUAAAGAAUCUGAUAAAAAAAGAAGACAUUUGCAACGGUCCUGAACUGAAGGAGUUCCUGGCUUAUGAGGGUGAUGCGCACAUAGCAUUUGUGCGUAAGGCGCCUGAGAUAAAUGUCCCACGGAUUGACAAAGCAUUUGUGAAGACUGUGUCUGGUGUAUUAGAUAAGCUGACAAACGUGCUUCCCCGUGGUUUGUCACAAGAGAAGAUGACCCUCACAGGUGGUGCAGUCAUAAGGAAGGACUCAACAUCGUCAAACAAGAGCAACGAGGUGUCAAAAUGUCUUGAGGACACAGACCAACUUCUUUUCGAUUUUAACAUUCCAAAUGAUGACAUCUGGAGCAUUAAUAUUGCCAGUGGACUACAGAACUACAUCAAAUCAAUCAAGGGUCAUAACUCUACCGACAACAAGCUCCCUUCUCCUGACCUCUCUGAGCAAGUCCCUUUAACAUCGGAAACCAGCAUCAAGAAGUUGACUUCUCUCUCAAAAUCAAAUGCAUCUGACAUAACAGACUCUUCUCAAGUCACGACUCAGGCCACUCCUGAUCCUGUCUUAUCCUCUGCUGUACUCGACUUAGCCACUCAGGCUCUUCAAGGCUGUGACAGUUGGGUGUGCAAGGAAAGUUCCUAUCGCUCAAUCCAGGUCAUAUUUGGUACUGUACUAGAUAGGUGUCUUCAGCAAAAACUCGACAGAAUGACAUCACGAUCACAAUGCCUCAACUACUUACAGCUCCUACGUGAAAAAAUCUGGCCAAAUGGUAAAUUAUCGAUGCAACCACCUCCCCAAAAGAGCCCUGCUGAAAUCCAGGCUACCAAAGAAUUGGCGCAUCAAUGUCUCAAGGAAUAUUUCCCACGAAUUUUAUAUUUUGCAAUUGGAGAAGAUAAUUUAAAUCAUGGGAUUGUUCAACUGCUGGCUGCUAUCCAGUACAAGAAACUUAACAGACAUUUUAUCUUUUGUCUUGUCGAUGCCCUUUUUUUGCACCUGUUUCCUGAGGUGAAAAACAAAUCCUUUCAGCAGAACAUUCUCAGAUGCCAUAAAGAUGAAUUCUUUAUAAAAUUACGACCUUAUCUUGAGGAUCUUAUUCACUGUCAAUCAAGUUACAAGAAAAUCUCAACCAUUAUCUGA